CAGACGACAAAAAGACGGCAGCUGCUGCUCGCGCGCUCCUCCUGCGAGGCUCCCGCUGCUCCUUCCCAGUUGUGUGCUUUGACCGGCGAGGGACUCGGUCGGCGGGUGUACGGUGGAGUGCUUCUUGCCCGCCUCUACGGUGGUCAAGUCACGUUCGCGUCUUUCCGGUCGUCGCGGGCGGCCGCGCGUUUCCUGCUUCUCCGCCAUCGGACGGCACCCACGUCCCUUUGACGGCGACGAUCCGGCGCGCUCGGCCGGUGUUGUCAUGCGGCCCUUUCGCCGGCGCGCGUCGACAUCGAAGCAACUGCAGCGGCGACGGUCGUCGUCUUCGGCGCGCCGAGGAGCGCCGUAGGCCUAACCGCCGUUUUCUGCUGCUCGGCCUCGCGAAGUUGUUGCGCGUUUCGGCGGUCCGAUUGCGCGUGUCACUACCUCGUCGUCGGCGGUGGUUCUCUCUCGAGCCGUGUUCUGUGCGUCCCCUAAAGAGUGUCGGUGGUUGUGAGCGCGGCGUUCUCUGAAUUGGUGUUUUUUGACCCGGGGCCGCCCGACCGCAAUUGGCCGCGGCGGCUUGGUGUGUGUGGGGAGGAGAGACGACGCCGUGCACACACAGGAAAUUGGCCGCGAUGCCUCCACUGGCGCGAGACCAGCAGUCGGCGAGCUUGUUAACACCGGAGAUGAAGGCGACGUUGGCCAACGGCGGCGGAGCUGGUGCAGCCGGCGACGGUUCGAGCUGCGUCUGCUCGGUCAAGUGUGUUCUUGUGGGCGACGGUGCGGUGGGCAAAACGAGCCUCGUCGUCAGCUACACCACCAACGGCUACCCCACGGAGUACGUUCCCACGGCCUUCGACAACUACUCCGUGGUGGUGACAGUGGACAACCAGCCGGUACGUCUGCAGCUCUGUGACACGGCGGGACAGGACGACUUCGACUCGCUGCGGCCCCUGUGCUACCCGAACGCGGCGGUGUUGCUGCUCUGCUUCUCGGUGGUGUGCCCCACCUCGUUCCAGAACGCGUCGCAGAAGUGGCUGCCCGAGCUGAGGCGGCACUGUCCCGACGCACCCAUCGUGCUCGUCGGAACCCAGUGUGACCUGCGCUCGGACGUCAAGGUGCUCAUCGAGCUUGCCCGCUACGGCGAGGAACCCGUGCCAGAGUCCGCGGCGCGGCACGCCGCCCACCGCAUGGGGGCGCUGGCCUACGUCGAGUGCUCGGCGCUCACGCAGAAGAAUCUCAAGGAGGUCUUCGACACGGCCAUUGUCGCAGCGCUGCGUCGGAACAGCCCGGGACUCGUGGGCAAGGGCUUCCACCUGCUGUCCACCAGGUCACCGGGUUCCAGGAGCAACGGCACGGGACAGUUCACCAACGGCUUCGUGCCGUUUCCCCGGAGACGCGCCAUGUCGCUAGACCGCCGAACCCGGGACGACGGCAAGAAGACAGGCUGGAAGAAGCUGUGCUGCUUCAUCUGAGGUGUUUGUGCGUACGCUUGUGUGUGUGUGUGUGUAUGUGAUGCGUGUAGCUGAGUGGCGGUUCCUGUAAUACGGUGCGGAGACCUCGACCAGAAAUCUAUUCCGUCGGACACGGGGUCUCCAUCGUAGCGCUGUGUGAGUCACGUGCAAGUGCGCCGUGGUGUCGAUUCUUUGCGCAGCCACGGGUUUCUGCUCGUUUCUACGAGUGAUACAACCAACGUGGCAGGAAAGACAAGUCUCAGGGUUGAAGUCAAGACCAUCACUGGCGAUGAGGCGCCGCUUGAGGACUGAAGAGCUAUAUGGAGCCAGUCCGCUCUCGCCGACGCUGGAAGUGACUUCGUGAAGGCGUGUGGUCGCGUUGUGCGGACGCUUUAGGACCGGCACAUCAUCGCCGUGGACAGUCGCUCAUUGUGGUUUCUGGUCGUUUCGACGAGAGUUGUCCAGGAUAGACAAGGGUCUCAGGGGUGAAGUGAAGAUGACGGCGGCGACCGGAGAAAGAAAGGCUGUGUACUGCAGCUACAUGUAUAGCCGAGUCGGUUCUCACUUCCGUUUUUUACGAAAGUUUUCGCGAUGCUCUUCUGGAUAAGCGGCGCCGCCGACAGGUGUUUCUGGUUUCGUAAUCUGGCUUCCGGUAAUCGGAGCAGAGGAGUCUUUGCGCCUCCGAUUGCGUGCUUCCAGCCAGAUGGCGCCGGCGUGAACGGACAUGAUUGUGACCACAUGUUCGCCGACUCGCCACGGCGAACCGUCGCUAUCGCGACGCUUUUUCUGUCGAGGUUUAUUGUCCGUGAACUGGCUAGGAGUACGUGAGAGCGACAAGAAUGACAAACAAGAAAAGUAAAGGAAGAAGGCUUUACGUAACCUGUCCCUAUCUGGCAUGGGCCGUCUAGUAAUGUGAUCGUCGGACGCAUUCGACGCCGAGUGUGUAUACCUGUCACUACCGAGCCGUACCGAGCUUCAAGCACGUGCGCAGAGUCACGCUUCAUCUCUGAGUGUUUUUAAUGGGAGGUGAUUAUUCUUGAGCGUUUGCAAUGGCUGCACAUGUCAGGACAAUUGGUGUGGAACGUCCAGUCAGAAUAACACCUCAUCCUCUAUGAGGGCAAUUUCCAACUGUGCAGACUGUGCUUUUUCGUUGACAGCGGUGACUGUUUGGUUUGGUGACUGUUUCAUCGGCUCGUGAUGACAGUGGUCAUUUUUCAUAGUGGUGCUGCGAAGUGACGGGUGAAGACUGUACAAAUCUCCUCGCCCAGACAUCAAAAUAGAAUAUUGUUUUAUUUUUUUCAGCAUGUCCGUAAACAGAGUUCACGGAAUACGGGAACACCGGAUGCCUCAAUGGUGGCAGCAGUAGAGCUAGCGCCAUCUUGUGAUGCUCUCUUCAAACACGACGCCUUGGAAGCGUUUUUGUGUUGGGUCAGUGCUCUAGCAUAAAGGAAAUAAGAAAGAAAUUCACUAUACGUUAACGAUUGCUGUUGCUGACGCCUCUGCACCACCAGUUAAGUAGAACGUGAUCGCAACAACUGUAGUUCUGUUCGCUGCAUUUGACGUCAAUGUCACAAGGCACCACCGUUCCUGCGCACGUCUGCCUUGCCGGUGUUCUGGCAUUCCGUGAACUGUGAUACUCUUAUGGGCAGCGUAAACACUCUUGUUUGAGUUUCAUCUUUGCAUUCGUGUCUGCGGAAACACCAUCUCUGAAACGCCGGGCGAGGUUUGAAGCGCCCCCGUGAGUGCAGUUUUUUCUUUUUUUUUUUUUUUUUUAACAAGGCGCUCCAGUCAACAGUUCCUCCAUCAUCGAGCGUCAGGCACCUGUCUAGCACGUCAUCUGUACUGUGUAUACCGUCUGGUCUCGCGCAUGCUCUGGUCACGGUGUUCGGUCUAACUGAGCUUGGCAGACGGUGACGAUAACUCCAGCGAUAACUGUGCGAUCCGGCGACCGCGCGCGCGGCAUUGCGAUAAGGCUCCGAACGUCCAGCUAAAUGGGUCGAGAUUCCGUUAUCUUGCUGCCUGUCUUGGAGACAGCGCUGAUUGAGACACUGAUAGUUUUCAACUAUUGUGUCAGAUUGCCGUCUCCGAAAAGUUGAUUAUCCUUUAUUUGUGUAUAUUAACUCUUUCUCAAUUACUGCUUGCCCUCAAAUACAUAGUAAGCCCCUUCGAAACAGACUCUGCGCUGUUUUCCCGGUGAUGAGAACAUUUUUUUUUUUUUUCUGCUGUGUGCACACGUUUGUAAUGCACAUUACGCCCGAUCCGUCGCACUGGUUUCCGCAGUUUUUGAUCUCGUGAGUUUAUCAGGUCGUUUAGUAAGAGUGCUGUUGGUGCUCAUUUAAUAUCUGCGUUGUUAUCUCCGCGCCUGUCUUUGCAAGCCAUAGGAAAUCAAGUUUCCUUCAGGCAGUUCAUGCGCAAACGAUCAUGUGACCGGAGAGCACCGAUUGAGUGAGUGAUCCCCUAAACCCCGGCAUUGCACUGCCGGUUCGUGUGCGUACAGUGUGGUUCAUUCUUCAAGGGCACACUGACAUGAUAAUGUCAUUGUGCACUUCAGUCCAGUACUAAGAGAACACCCAAUUAGUAUUCAGUGCAUCAUAGCUUGAACAUUUAUUACAAAGUUGUGGAAACAAAGUGCAUGAUGCGACACGUUAAGUAGACAUCUACUAAUAAACAGGUUUUUCUGCGUGCCUUCGUACUUUUCAAAACUGGACAGUAAUGGGUGCCGAGAUACUAACUAGAUGUACUUUUUAAGAAUGUACCAUGCCGUACAACGGUAGACAUUACAACUGUCAUUAGCGAAGGAGUGUUCGCUGGGGAACUCUCCCUGACACCGUGAUUAUCAAAUUUUGCAGUCACGUCACUCUGACGUCGAGAAUUAUGUACAGUAUAAAUCGUCAGAGUGCUGUGGCAGUGUAGUGGAACUGACAGCAUCCGCUGUCGUCUCCGAACGAUUCUAAGUGAUGCCUGUGGCCGAGAUGUGACCCCAAAUGACAUUGUAAACGAGGCCGCGUCCUGCGAAGUUGAAGCCGUGCACGGAAUUGUAAGCAACGACCGUGUACAGCGGAGUGCUGAAUUGCGUGAUGUGAUGUGGGAGCUCGGAUGUUCAAGUUGUGUACAUAAAUUAUUGUCGCAGCACAACACCUUUGAAGUUGGUGACGCCGGUCACACAGUCUGUUUCAGCUAAGCGUAACGGUUCCUACGCUAAAGCAACACGCAGUAAAACGUCUGCGCAUAAUAGCCACCUAAAAGCGCGUAUUGAGGACCGCCUACCGCUACCCUCUCCCUCAUUUGAAGGAGAAAAGAAAGAAAAUUAUUUUAGAGCUAUAUGACCGCAUAUAAAUGACGGUACGAAUCGCGGCGUUAUUUGCUCAUGCUUAUUUAUUUUUGUAUGAUAACGUUACUUCUAUUUGGGAAACGGCGACAGUUGCGGAGACAUUACGGAGCUUCGAGACCAAUCACAGUCUAUGCAUCGCUCAUUCAGUUGUUCUUGACAUUGGGCCUGUAUUUAAAAAAAAAAACUACUUUUAACAGUCUGCACCUCCACUUAACCGCAACUUGAACGCAACUGUUUGGUGCAAUCACAGAACAAUCUUUCUGUAACUGUGCAGCGGUUUGUAAUACGAGUUUUUUAGCUUCCCACAUCUCGCCUUUCCCGAGAAUGUAGUAUAGCUCACCCCGCAAACUGUGUUCUGGUGACAAGCGCCAAAACCAAACGAAGCAAACAAACUGUCUACUAUACUGUGCCAACAUUCUCUGUUGUGUAGUAACGUUGCCCCGUAGAAACACCGCCAAAUAGACUGUGUUCAAACAGCGUUAUUUGCAAAUCCAAGGAAAUCGCUCAGAUGCAAAAUAUACAUGCGAAAGUUGCAUCAACAAACAGCCUUAAGCAGUGUGCCAAGCGUAACUGAGAAAGAAAGCCUGUAUUUUCGCUUACUUAUCAGCAAGGGAGACUCGUCUCCUGCAGGAGAUAAUCAUUCUUCUUCACCGCCUGUUCAGAAGUCUUUACAUAUAUAUAGCAGACACCAGGCCCCUCAGAAAACCAGUUUACAUCAGCCACUGGCGAGUUUUUGGGAACGGCCUGCCACCGAUUCAAUCACAAUCAAACUGCUGGGCAGGACGGGGGUACGAAAGUUUAGCUGGAAAACCUCCUCACUGUGAAGCUGAACAUGAUCUUGUGAGCAUCCCAGUGACAACACUGUGAGUUGGGUGCCCGAUAUAAACGUUCGUGCCAAGACUGAUAAGCAUGACUACUGUUUAUGACAACGCUCAAAACCGGAGGUAUGCGAGCUUCGAGCGACAGAACACUAACGCCUGAGUCGUCUCUCCACUCGUCAGCAAAGCACGUCGGCUUUGUGUGUCCUUCCCGGCCCUGUAUAGCUGUAUCGGAGUAACUUCCGUCAUCUAAAACAAAACUGACUACAUUUCUCUCCUACUGAGGAGUUUUAGCAUACCGUAAUUGCUUGGCGACUUGGAGCGUGUACACGUAACUGCACGCCUAAGAUGGGCACUGUUUAUCACCCCAAUGAUCACUAGCUGUGGCGUACACGGCUCGUGAAAUAUAGAUAUAGUAACGGUGCACGUAACAACGUCGUUUUCUUGCUACGGCGACCUAAAACUUCAUGGUAAAAAAAUCAUGGCACACCGCAAUGAAGUAAUGACUUUGCAAUCGUAGGCCGGCGACGAACAUGCGUGAGUCGGCGUAUGUUGCUAGUAGGCUUUAAAGCACGCAGCGAACAUAUAGUUGCAGCGUAAUUACCCUGCGCUAAAACUCCCUAACGUCAAUGUCAUCGCGCGUGUAAGGUUUGUUUUUGUAAGUGUGACGCACUUGCUUCUUUCUUGUUAUCGCACUGCAAUGCACCUUUUUCUUUUGUUGCUGUCCAUGCUGUACACAUUGUUGUUAUCGCUGUGCGUCAUUAAAGCGCACGCACUUGGCUUUCUUGAUUAUUUUUAGCUUGUUCUUAUAGCGCGUUAUCCACCAGUGCCCCCCUCCCUCAACCUCCAUCAGCCUUUGCGAUAGCGCAGGUUGCGAUCGGAGGGGCGCCCCCUACACCAAGAAAUCGAAAGACAUAUCAGUUUUUUGCCUCGCGCUUUAGACCCUUCGCUGAGUUUGAAGCCCUGGAUUGGUGUCUUAGCGUGAAGCGUUGUCUCCAUACCUUAUUGUCUUUUUCUGUUUGUGCCGUUUUCUUUACUCUGUCCUAACCAUCCUCCCCCUAUUCACUGAUAAUAGCGCGAAAGCGCCGAUCUGUGCAGUUGCCCCUAAAUGUUCUUGAACCAUGCUCGAGACAAUCGUCAGAGUUAGUGCUUUGACGAUUCAUUCUUCCCUGCACUAGGCGUAAUUAGAGAGUUUUAGCGGACCAAUAGCGUAGUAGUGGUGCGGUCUAUACAUGUUAUAUCGAGGCCAUAUCAAGGCACCCUACUGUAACCUAAUUUGAUUGAGCGACCGAUGAAACUCUUUUCGAAUGUGAAACCCCAAGUAUUUCAGCAUCGACGCAUGUUGGGACGAAUGGAACAAUUAAAUAGAGUCUUCAUUCAGGCGGAAAAGAUAAGAUCUUGACAGAUAUAUCGAUGUCGUGAUCGAGGCUCUCAGCGUCAGGCGUAGAUGACAUAUCUAUACAUAUAUCCAUAGAUACUACUGGUAGGUCUAUCUAUAGAUACAUUUAUAGAUAUUACCUAUAGACUAACAGCUGUCUAGCGGUAGUACCGGUAUGUUGAUAUCUUAUGCACGUGGUUUGCGCUGCGACGCAAGCAGGCCUGAAGAGUUUCGAGAAAUGUUGAGCGGCUUCAAGUUUCGCUUAUUUCAGUGCAAUGUACCUGUAGAAUAUGCCACAUUUGUUGACAAAUAACAGCUUUUGAUUGCUUAGACAGUAGUUCGAAUGCUACUGUUAUUUAUUACACUUUUAACUUUGAUUUCGAGUUAUAGAACGGGAAGUGCACAGAGAAAACUGAAAUAUACGCGGUAGACAAAUUCGUUAUGUCAUCAUGCGCUGAAUUAGCUGAAUGAUUUAGCAUGGUCGUGUUUUAACAGACUGAUAUGCGCAGAAGAUUGCGAAACGCAGCGCGCCGAGAACUUCGACAAAAAAAUAAAAUAAAACACUACUACGGACCUAAAAAUCUUAAACCUACAUUAGGGAGUUUUAGAUAUAUUGGAACUCCCUUUAACGUAGUCUAUCGUUCCUACGCGUAAAAGAAUCCAGACAGGCUCCGGGUUUGCGCACGCGUGCUGCCAAUGACUCCGAUCUCUUCGCUACGCUAAGCCGCUUGAGUCCCGUGUUUCUAAAACUCCCUAACAUCAUUCGCAUGACGUGGUUCCUCCGAAAACGCCUUGAGGUCGAAGAGUUCAUUUAAAAUGCGAAUUUGAAAACAAAUUGAUGUGAUGAAUAAUAAAGCAAGUGUACAUGGUGCUGAUUACAACUUUGCGACAGAGGAAUACCGAGCGAAGUUUCUCUAAAACUUCCUAAUUUCGUGUGCGUAAUGCGAUUCCUCUGAUAUCCUCUUGAGGUCGAAAAGUAGCUUCAAAUGGUGAAGUGUAGCAUGAUGUCAAAAAGAAAAAGUAAAUGUACCGAAAAACGCGCAUACGUUCAUCCUGUGGCUUACGUAUUCUUUUUCCGUAUUCCUUUACUUUCUCCUACCUUGGUUCGUUUGUCGUUGUUUCUAGAUCUUCCUGGCAUGCGCUUCCAGACAUCCGCGUGCACUUGUUCUUUUUUAUGAAUGUGACCGCUAGAGCGGCGACGUGCAAAUGUUUUGUUCGAAGUGACUCGACGUAAAUGACGUGUGUGAUGUGGACUGUAUAUUCGUGUGUAUGAUGUGUAAAUAGGAUAUUAAUAAAGUGCGCAAUUUUUAGGACAACA